AUGAAGAGCAGUAGCUUUGAAAGGCGACUGUUUGAGAGGUAUGGGGAAGGGCCUAUACCGAAGGAGGAUGUUGGAAUGGUUCUUGAAGAGGCUGUUGCUAACAAGAUGAUAGAAAGAGGCGAGAUCAAGGAUUACAAAAGUAGGGAGUAUGAGGUUGCAGAGCUAUUGGGGAUGAUAAGGGGAUGGCGAACUGACUUUUUGAAGGAGUCAUUUAGUUUGAAUGAUAUUUCAUGCCAGGAAGAAAGCAGUGUUUUAGAGAGAAGUGAAAUUGUUGACGAAGGGAUGAGAAGCUGUAGUGCAGAUUGGAGAGGAGAGUCGUUUUUGAUGAGGGACGAGGAGCUUUUGUCGUCCUUGAGAGACAAGACACGAAUGAUUACGUCUAGAGGAGGGCUUAAUGGAAAGAAGAUGGCAAGGAAUGUUCUGAAGGCAUGGGAGGAGUAUGAAGAACGGUAUGCUCGAGUGAGUGGAAGGAGAUAUUGGUAUUUGUGUGUAUUGUUGGUUGUGAUUCCAUUGUAUUGUCUGUAUGUUCCAAGGCCAUUUUAG